AUGGAGAUUUUAGAUAGAACUAAAGUGAUAUGUGUUGUGUUGAUGCAUUUGAUGUAUGCUAUGGUGACUGCGGUUGAAUAUAAUGAAACCAGCGAGGGUUACGCACAAAAUUUCAUGUCCAUUUGUCCUGGUGUAGAAAAGCCCGCCGAAAUCAAACCAAAAAGUUUAGGUAAAAUAAAAAUCGCAGUUUUCGAUGGAGGUCCGAUUUUAUUCUCCAAAUGGACCUCUUACAACUACCGAAACAUACAAACCCUGGUCAAGGACCCUAAUAUGGACCUUAGACGAAAGACGAUCGUGUAUUGUCCUGGAUAUUUAGAAUAUACUGCGUUGCCUGUUGGAAGGAUUUUGAUGAUGCUGUAUAAGAGAUUAGGGUACAACGUGUUAAUUUUGGAAUAUGUACACUUCACCACAAAUAUAUUCCCCGUCGUGGUACGCUUGAUGUGUCCAGUUGGCAAGCACGUCGCCGGAUUGCUAGCCAACCUGACUACGGUCGGCCUCGAACCGAAAAAACUGGAGCUGGUUGGCCUCAGCCUUGGUGGCGUGUCCAUGGCCUUCGUAGCCAAGAGCUUCCAACAAAUUACUGGCAGAAACAUCUCAAAGCUCACCGCUCUCGACCCUACUGGACCCUGCGUCAGACACCUUGGACCAGAGGAUAGAUUAGACCCCUCCGAUGCCGAUUUUGUCCUUCACGUGGCAUCGAAUAGUGGAGGAUAUGGCUCAAGUAUACCACACGGUCAUGUAUCAGUGUAUGUGAACGGAGGGGAGUAUCAACCUGGCGUUGUUUCGAUGUAUAUGUGCGAUAACGUAUGCAGUCACUUGCAAGCGUUCUUUAUAUGGAUUGCGGCGUUAGACAGCCCUGGCCAGUUCAUCAUGAUGCAAUGUGAUUCUCUACAGCAAGCGAGAGACCACAACUGUUUUGAGAGGAAGCCAAUGGUUACGAACACUCUGGAUCUAUAUACGGAUGGAAGCAAGCCGGGUAUUUAUUACUUGGCAACGAGUCCUAAAUACCCGUAUUAUUUGGGUAAGAAAGGGUUGAAGAGGAGCGGCGCGGUAAUUUUAAACCACAUAAGUGACCUUAAUGCUAUUGACGUAUUGCGGGUCUGA